AUGGAUGACUUUAAGCCUGAGCUGAUGAAGGCUCUUCUCGACUGGGUCAACACAUUCGAGCUCGCUGGUAGGGUGACCUCAUGGAGCCAACUCGAAGACGGCCAGGUGCUGUGGCAGAUUCUCUCCGACAUAGACGCCGAGUACUUCAACGAAUCCCUUCCAAACUUCGAAGAAAACCACCGCCGCCAAUCCGUCGACUGGAUACCGCGAUGGCAAAAUCUCAAACACAUUGAGCGAACCGUGUCGACGUACAUACGGGAAGAGUGCGAGCAGUUGCCCGUCCUGACGAAGCGCAUGAUACCGGAUCUGAAAACAGGAGCAAGAGAUGGCUCGACGAUGCUUGUGGCCAAGUUGACCAUGGCCGUCCUGCUUGCCUCCUGUUUCUCGCCCAAGAGCAACCAGCGGAUGCUACAAGUCAUGUCCCAGCUGGGCACCAAGACGGCAGAGACGAUUGCAGAAGCUAUACAGGAUAUGCAGUCUCUGGACCAGAGGAUGUCAGAGCUCGGCGUAGAUGCUGAGCUGACGCCAGAAGUACACCUCACGGGGUAUAGAACGCCUACGCGGGCGCUAUCGGGCACACAAUCGACCAUGGGAGGCCCUUCGGAACUAGAACAGGAGGCACAAUUGUUCGAGGCGAACAAGGACAGACAGGCGAUGAAGAUUCAAAUAACUAAACUAAAGGACGAACUCAAAACUUCUCGAGAACGCAUAUCGAAGCUGGAGGAAGAGGUGGCCGAAGCAUCUGCCUAUCUAGACGUCCGGGCAGGCAAUGCACAGCGAGCCGAGUCGGACGAUGUUGAACAGCUGCGGAACGACUUAGCACGCGACCGUCAGUACAUCGACCAGCUCGAGACUGACCUUGCGAAUGCGCGAGACAUAAUGGACAGUCAAAAGCGGAGGCUCGAGCGACUGCAGAAUGAGGAGGGAUCCAAGCAAGAUCUGAGAGAUCAACUACAGAUGGUCAAAGCCGAGCGUGACGAGCUCAGUCAAAGAGCCAAAGCGAAUGAAAAUCUCAAGAAGAAGAUAGAGUCCUUGACCAAGGAGACCAAACAACUCGAGACGCUCAGGGAAGAAUACCAACAAGCGCGUGAGCGACUCGCGGAGUUGGAAAACGUACAAGAAAGAUGUGAAGCUCUCGAGAAAGUCUACAAGGAGAACAGCCAGACACUUGUCAACUGUGAGCAAGCAAUCUUUGAGGAGAAGGGGAAACGAACAAGAGUCGAACAUGAGAAUCUAUUGCUUAUGAAGCAAUGCGAACAAACUCGCGAGUUACAAUACAAGGCUGAAGAUGCCAGGCAAGAGCUAGAAGAUCGGAUACGAGAGCUUGAGGCAGCGAGCCAUGCCAACGCCGGAGGGAACCUGGAAGAUGAAUUGUCACAAGACGAAAACUCGAAAGGUUCUGAUGAUGUCAACAGCGCAAGGCCUGCAGAUGCAAGGACUAGUGCAGAUGUUCUCGCAUUACAACAAAAGGUUGAUAUUCUACAAGCCCGACUAAAGUCGCUGGAAGCAGAGACGCUCAAGCAGAUGCAAGAAAACUUGGGGCUGAGAUCUGAUAUGAUGGCGGAGAAGGAUGAGGAGAAUCAGAAGCCAUUCCUGGAGCAAAAUGAGAAGCUUCAGACCGCAGAGACCGAACUCGAGGAACUUCAUCGCAAACUGAGAGAAAAGGACCUAGAGGUCGCGGAGCUGCGCAACGAACUGAACAAAAAAUCCGAUGUUAGCGAAGACGAGAGGGCAGAGGGUCUUCAGGCUGAAUAUCAACGGAUGCUGGCCAUUCAGCAAAAGACGAAUCAAAGGUUGAGAGAUUUGGAGAUUAUCAACGAUGAGAAGUCUGGUCUUCUACGGGCUGCUCUCCUUCAUCGCGAAAAUCUUUCGCCAGAACUUCUCGAACUUAAAAGGGUGGAAACAUUGCGGCAUAUUCGCGAACGGAUUGAUUCAGUCUUACAGACGCCAGCAGAAGCUCAAGCCAAAGUGCUCGAUAGCACGAGUACUGAAAUUGCCGAGACUGUGUUAUCAGCAGAAGCGGCGUUGGAGAAGGCAAAGAACGUAAGUAUAGUCCAACUCUCCUACGAAGCGGCAUCGUCUUCGGCAUUCGAUGCUGCGAUUACUGCAAUGAGACGGCGUCAACUCGACCACUCGUUCUCUACGUCCACCUUGAUUACACAGACGACACCAAGGCACGACCAGGCGGGAAAGAAUAAGUCAAUCUCGGAGAAGUCCACUUCGACAGCCGGGAGGGGACACACGACCUGGAGAAGGAUGGCACAGCUUGUGUCGCCUAAGCGCAGGAUAAAGUCUACACUGUGUAGUGCAGACUACCAUACCGCGCUGACUUCAGUUGAGUGUGCGGCACGUUCGUCCCUGACCUGGCUGCCCGAAGAUCUUCAAGAACAAGUCGCAUCGAAUAGUACGCUGCGCGAGCAGCUUGAGCAAGCGAGGGAAGAGACUUCAGAGAAGGGCUUGAUUGAAUUGCAACAAGAAGUCGAGAAUCUACGUCGCGAGAAUCAACUCAUCACAUCAGCCUGGUAUGACAUGACCUGCCGACUCCAAAGCAACACCGUCAUCCUACAAAGGCGCAGCGAAGCCCCCAAAGGCUGGCUUGGGAAGCAAAGAGCCGCUGUAGGCGGCGCAGGUAUCUUGGGUCGAAGGUAG